GCCAAAAGUUUGGAGGCUUCCCACGCUAGAUCCGCCCCUGGUCUUGUUCUCGACGGAAUAUGUAUCGACGAGAGAGGAGGAAGCCUUCGCGUUUGUGUAGAGGGUUUUAAUGCUUGCAAUGUCCUCGAGGCGGCAGUAAUAUACUGUGUUGCUUAGUUGGGUGUACUACGACAAUGGAGCUUGACAGUCUAAGAGAAGCGUUUGACCGAGUUAUUGAAAAACGUGCUUCAUCUUCUGCUAAAGCUUGGGAAGUUAUUGAUCAGAUAGUGAAUGAAGUUGAGCAGGCAAUCACGAAGAUACAGAUGAUGAAUACAGAUUCAAUGGGCAGUGCUGACCAUUCAUCCAUCCUGGCAGAAUUGAAAGCCAAGCUGAAUGAAUUGGCACCACUAAACCAACUAGAAGGUUGUCAAAAGGAAUUGAAUGUUGCACUGAGCAAAUAUCUCAAGCUGCUUGAAAAAUCUUUCAGUCCAGACAUAUCGAAAGCAUACCGAAAUGUUGAUUUUGAGGCCAGUACUAUAAACAGCAUAAUAGCAAAUCACUUCUACCGCCAGGGCCUUUUUGAUCUUGGAGAUCUAUUUGUCUCUGAGUGUGGUGAAUCAGAUGGAGCACACUUGAAGCUACAAUUCCAAGAGAUGUAUUCAAUACUUGAAGCAAUGCAAGUCAGAAACCUCCAGCCUGCCCUCAGUUGGGCUGCCAAGAACCAUCAUCAGCUUUUGCAGAAUGGCUCAACGCUUGAGUUGAAUCUUCAUCAACUUCAGUUUGUUGAGAUACUAACUAAAGGAGGAAGUAGAGAUGAGGCUUUAAAGUAUGCAAGAACUCACUUAGUGCCCUUUGCAUGCACUUUCAAGGCAGAGAUCCAAAAGCUAAUGGCCUGCCUUCUCUGGGCCGAUAAGCUUGAUCAGUCCCCUUAUGCUGAAUUCAUGUCAUCGACUCAUUGGGAGAAGCUAGCGGAGGAGCUUACUCAUCAAUUCUGCAGUCUUUUGGGGCAAUCUAGUGAGAGCCCACUUGGUGUAGCAAUAUCAGCUGGAUUUCAAGGACUACCAACCUUGCUGAAGCUAACUACAGUGAUGGCUGCGAAAAAACAGGAGUGGCAGGCGAUGAAACAGCUGCCAGUACCCAUAGAUAUUGGACCAGAAUUCCAUUACCACUCUGUCUUUGUAUGUCCGGUGCUCAGAGAUCAGGCAAGUGAUGAAAACCCUCCAAUGCUGAUGCCCUGUGGACAUGUUCUGUCGAAACAAUCGAUAAUGAAGCUAUCAAAGAGCAGCUCCAGACCCUUCAAAUGCCCAUACUGUCCCUCAGAGGCUGUUGCUUCUCAGUGCAAGCAGCUCCAUUUCUGAAUGUUCUUUUCCCUGCUCAGAUAUGUUUAUACACGUGUUUCUUCAUGUUUCUGUGGCACCCAUCCAAUAACUACCUUGUAAUAUAAUCCUGUAUGUUAAAUGAAUAUUCUAGUGCUGUCUCUUGGAUGUUAAUCUGUACAGUUGUAAAUCCCUGUUCCGUUGUCAAAUUGUCUCUGGGAUGACUGAACAGAAAAUAAGUGCUACUGGUCUCGUGUAUUGGUUUUACAGCCAUGUAGGUCGGUAACAUCAUGUGUACAAUUGGCACCUGAGCCUUUCUGGUUA